GGAAUAUUAGGCAUCAUGCAGAUCUCUCACAUCGUUUUGCUUCAAUUCAAGCCGGAUGUUGGUUCGGACAUCCAAGAGAAUGUCGCUAGUCGGAUCAAGGGUCUUAAAGACUCCUGCAUUCAUCCCGAGACCGGCAAGCCGUACAUCGUCAGCAUGAAGGGCGGUGUGGAUGUCUCCAUCGAGGGGUUGCAGAAUGGCAUCAGCCAUGCGUUCGUCUCCGUGUUCGAGAACGCCAGCGAUCGCGAUUACUUCGCCAAGACGGACCCGGUGCACGUUGCCCUGGUGAAGGAUGUCUUGCAGUAUCUGAAGCGGGUGCAGGUGGUGGACUUUGUUGACGGGCAGCUGAUUUAAUGUGCUGAUAUCAUGGUACACGGUACUAUGCGGCUGGGAUAGGCAAUGCGCUGGCUGCGUUAACAUCCUCUCAAGUCUCGGUACUCAAAGACGAGUUAGUCCGGUCUAAAAUCACAUGAAUAUAGAGCGAU